AUGAAUGAAGACAACGGGCGUGGAUAUCGAAGAGAUAUUCACCGAAUUGGACCGUAUUCGCCUGCAAUACGGACUGCCGAUCUGGUACUUGUUGGGUGUUGGAAAGACAGAUGGGGAAAGCACCGAGCGUUUGUGGAGCCUACCUACUCAAUCCCCGCAAGUUGGUCGACAAAGGAAAUGGGAGAAGGUGCCCGUGAUGAUGUCCUGGAGGACAAGAUCGACCUGAUUAAUUUUGAGAAAAACAGGAGCAUGGGGCAGACACUUGCAAGACGUUUGAUUGUCGCUGUAGCAGAGCGUCAAAGGCAGGGCAUUGAAUUCCAGGAGCUGGACGACAGCAUUCCUAAAAAAAAACGAUGUGAAUGGGCCAAGAUGAUGGAUGCCUGGUAUAAGGAUAACACCCAGACGAAUCCAUUUGAAGUCCAGGGUGGGAAGCUCGCCGGGCCUAGUGAACGCGAAAUAAGUGAAGAGUUGAAACGAGCUGAGGUGGAAGAUGCACGAGCCGGAAUCAAACCUUUGCUGAAAGGUAAAAUGACCAUGACAGCGUUCAUCAGAGCGGGUAUGCAGCUUCAGGCCAUCCAGUAUGUCAAAGUCUUCAUUCCACAAACUCUAUUCACUAUCCCCAGGCGUCGUAUACGGACUGCUCUGAAGGCAAAAAAGUCGGCAGAUCAAGCGAGCCAGAUACAAGAAUUACGUCUAUCUCUGAUCAAACAAAUGCGCACCUUCGAAAAACUUCAACUAACUUACAUGCCUGGGGUUCAGGGUCUUCGCGACGCAGCACGGUAUAAAUUGGACGCGGAGAACGCGCAACCGGAAAGCGCAAAGCUUUAUCUUCCGUCACAGUUAACCGCAGAAGAGUGUCGACAAGUCAGCAUGGCGGACUUGAUUGAGACCGAAGCAAAAUUGCGUUGGGGACAGUGUGCAGAUGCACUGGCUGCCUUACGAGGGAGGCUUCAUUCGAAGCAACACAUGAUUUGGUUUCGCGGGGAAAACAUGGUGGGGCAACGUGCAAGAACGCGCUCCGUCACUCUAAUGGCUCGGAUGGAAGAAGGUGUAACAAAGGCCGCUGCCAAAUAUACUGAAGGCUACGAGGCUCUCGUUCACCUCAAAGGCAAACGUUACGCUCCCGAGUUUCAAAAAUUGGACAAGACCCAUUUGAACACUCGUAUCGAAAUCGAGAGUGAUGCAGCAAGAAGCUUACGAACAGCAGACGGAUCGCGACCUAUGAGAGAGGAGACUGCUGCAAAAAAGAAGAAAACCAAGAUGGCGCCAAUUUCCUAG